CCGUGUUGUGUGUCCGGUAGAACCGUGACCGUCCCGGGACCAUGAGGCGCGUCACCCUGUUCGUUACCGGAAGCUCCGCCGGCGGGAAGGUGCUUCCGGUGUUCGGGUCCCUGGAGGAGCUCCUGACCGCGGCCAGCGCCAAGCUGCGGGUCCGAGCUUCCGGUCUGUAUAACGGCAGCGGGGGGCUCAUCGAUGACGUCACUCUCAUCAGAGAUGAUGACGUGUUGUACGUAUCAGAGGCAGAUUCAUCUGAAGAUCCUCAGGAUGAACGUUCUGAUUGGCUCACGCUGAAUGUGGGCGGGCGCUGCUUCACCACCACCAGGAGCACACUGGUCAGGAAGGAGCCGGAGAGCAUGUUGGCUCACAUGUUCAGAGAGAAAGACGGCUGGGGGAACAGGAAGGACCACCAGGGGGCGUACCUGAUCGACCGCAGCCCGGACUACUUUGAGCCCAUCCUGAAUUAUCUGAGACAUGGACAGCUCAUCCUCAACGACGGGAUCAACCCACUGGGCGUCCUGGAAGAGGCUCGUUUCUUUGGUAUUGAGCCGCUCGCCGAGCAGCUGGAGACGCUCAUCAAGUCCUUGCAGCCGCCGGACGAUCACUCACCUCUGACCCGCAAAGAGUUCAUUCGAUUCCUGUUGGGCACGACCACCAAGUCUGAGCUGCGGUGUCAGGGUCUGAACUUCAACGGUGCAGAUCUGUCUCGUCUGGAUCUGCGCUGCAUCAACUUCAAGAUGGCCAACCUCAGCGGAGCCAACCUGACGCACGCCAACCUGAGCGGCGCCAACCUGGAGCGGGCGGACCUGUCCAUGGCGUGUCUCGACGGAGCUAACCUGCAGGGAGUGAAGAUGCUCUGCACCAACGCUGAGGGAGCGUCACUGAGAAGUUGUAACUUUGAGGAUCCAGCUGGAAUCAAAGCUAAUCUGGAAGGAGCUAACCUGAAGGGUGUGGACAUGGAGGGAAGUCAGAUGACUGGGAUCAACCUGAGAGUCGCUACACUGAAAAACGCCAAACUGAAGAACUGCAACCUGAGAGGAGCCACACUGGCAGGGACGGACCUGGAGAACUGUGACCUGUCGGGAUGUGACCUCCAGGAGGCGAACCUGAGAGGCUCCAACGUGAAGGGCGCCAUCUUUGAGGAGAUGCUCACGCCGCUGCACAUGUCUCAGAGCGUCCGCUGAAGCUCCGCCCCCUUCCACAGUCCGCGUGAACGCUUCACAUCCCAACACACGCCCCCCACAGCCAUGGAGCCAUUUGAACUAGUGAAUGUUUCAUGGUAAAGACACGUUGUUCAUAGACUAUUUCAUUUUCACGACCAGUGAAAACCAAACUUUGUAUUUUGCUCUGAACCAAACAAACAAGUUUUAACAUGAAUUUCACAGCUUAGAUUUUCUACACAUUUUGAGAAGCGGAGGUUUUUAAUAUUGUCAUUUAUCUUUACUGGAUUUUUUUAUUUAGCAGCAGUUUUGUUACAUGGAGCUUUUGAAUGUAGUUUCUAAAAGUAAAUGUGUUCAACUCAUUUCUGAUAAAUCUUCAGCCUUGAAAACACUUUGAAGUUGGUUUGUAAAUAUUUAAAUUCAAUAUAAUGAUGGAACUCAGUUGUCUGAUGGAUCCAGUGUCAGCAGCACCGAGGACGGGAUCUGUUACAGAGGACGAAAGUGUCUCAUUCGUCCUCUGCUCUGCUCACUUGCCUUCUUCUUCGUCCUCUCCCCAGAAAACCUACUUUUAUGUUGGUUCCUUCAUUCUGAUUUGGUUUUGGUCUGAAUGGUUCAGAGUUCAGGUCGUGAACUGGAUCGUAACCUGGUCCAUGUUUGAAAACAGAUGUGAACCAGGCUCAUUGAGACCGAGAAAUUAAUCUUAUACAAAAUAUUCUGUAACUGCAGCUUCAUCAUUUUACCUCUGACAGUUAAUAACAGAUGAAGCACGUUUGUCUUCAUCAUUUUGUGAUGAAAUGAAAGUUAAAAAAGCCUUGUACACUUCAAUUCAUCAACGUUGUGCACAUCUAUAUAUAGUAUAGUAUGUAAACCUCUGUGAAGAGUUGUACGUAUUUGUGACUGAGCUAAAACAUUUCAUUCCAUUAAACUGCUGUUGUAGUUCUGAACCGACAGAAACAUGAAUAUUUGAUUAUGUGCAGACCUACUGAUGUUUGUAUUAUGUUUUAUACGUUACUUUGCACGUUUGAUGUAAACUGGUGUGAAGUGCUGACCCGGCGUCUGCUUGUUUCAUCAGCACGAUCAUUAAUAAAUGUUUUUCUUACAUCUU